CUUUGUCUUAAAAAGCUAGACUAUAACGAACAAGGCAUCUUUGUGUUUUACAGGGAAGGAAAGAGCAGUUUCAAAUGUGUUUUAGAAAGGAGCAUUUGGGAAAAGAGGGGGUGGAAACCCAAAGGAGAAACAGGAAAACGGUUAAGGCUUCAUCGCUGCAGCUGGGGGACGUGGAGCUCCAAAUCCCUUCAGCACAGUGGUCACUGGCGGGGGCUGAAGGAUGACUGGAGCUUGCGCUGUGGGUAUUUCUGAGCUCGUUCGUGGUUCCACCGUGCGGCUCAGCACCUGAGGAGGGAAGUGACGCUGCUUGGGGGGUGAGGAUGGUGUGUGUGUGCAGGUUAAAUUAACUCUGUCCUGCCGAGUCUUCAGGACCUGGCAGCUGCACCUUCACUGUUUUAAUUGCAGCUCUCUCUCUUGUUGUUUGGGUGGUGACGAACGCCAGGAUUAAGAAUGGAACCCGACAAGUGAAAAUUGAAUUCGGAUUAGCCCCAGUUUCAUUAAUGUAUUCAUAAGGCUGUGAUUAUAUGAAAUUUUGUUUCCACAACCUGUACUUAGUUAUCAGGUGUCCAUUCAGUUUUAAUUGACAAUAUAAGAUUCCUGUGGUUACCCUGAGUACAGAUUGCCUAGGGCUGCACAGGGUCUGAAUCAGGCAGUUGGAAAAGAGGGGAUGAAACCCGCUGAGAAGGGGGGGACAUGUGGUUAGUGUUGCCUUCUCUGCCUAGGAGGAGAAACCCCCUCUCAGACAAGAGCUGCUCUCCAGCCAAGAAUUCCAAACUCGCAGAGGAACCUGUCUCGCGCACAAAAGUUGUUUUAACACGAUGCAGGAUUGUCACAGUAAUUAGUGCAAUCUCCGCUCACUGACUGGCAGUUUUCACAGAAAGGACGGGGGGCAAAGGGUGCAAAUUCAUCUUUCCUUCCCAGCAGUCCACUCUGGAUGACCUGCUUCUGAGUGUGUGUGGGGGCCGUGUGCGUGGGGGGCAUGUCUUCAGUUGCUCAGUGCUCAUCUUGGCUUGUUUUAGGGAGUGCGGUUUAUUACCCUGCCUUGACAGGCGAGGAAGGACUUUUGGGGGGGCCCCCAUCUCUAUUGCGCCCCCUUUUAACUUUGAUUUCUAUUAUGUUCCCGGGCAAGCAGACUCCUAAUAUAUCCAGGCAAUAUUUUUGUUUAUUUGUGACGGAUAAAAUGCUCCCAGAACCCACUGAAUCCAAAAAUGGGAACUUAACAGCCUUAUGCCAGGAGCAAUAUGGCUUUAGACUAUUUUUGAAAAUUUGAUUACUGUUGUGUUAUGUUUAUUUUGAGUUGGUUCUAAGAUUCUUAUGUGAAACCCCUCCCUUUCCCCCCCCUCCUCUUUUGUAUGGACUGAAUAAUUUUUCUGGCAGGGAGUAAGAUAUAAGCUCAUUGGGUCUAAACCCCUUGCAGGCUAGGUUACAGUGUGCUCUACAGAAGUGUGCUGGAAAUGGUAAUAGGAAUAGUAUAGUAGUAGCAGUAGCAGUCGUUUGUAGUAAUCAUACUGAUCCCUGUUUGGAAACACCACUGGUAGGCCGACUGCUACGAGGGGGGUGGGCAGCAGUUUCUUUGGACCCAUCAGAUUGUUCAUCAUAUGUGCGUAAAGGGCAAUAAUUUAUUAAAAUGCAUUUUCAGGUAUUGCUGAGAUCCUUUAGUAAUUGUUGUAGUGUUUAUAAAAGAAAUCAUAGAAGGUGUUUGUUUUCCCAAUUGCUAGGAUUCCAAGAUUUAACAAGUGUUGUUUGGGAAGGGAAGAAUUUGGUGAGGAAUCUUGGGCUUCCUUUCUCUUUGGGGACACAUACUUCUUGGGUGAGGAUUCUGUAGGGCUUCCAAGGGAAAGGCCCAGCAGAGACGGCAGCAUUUUCCUGUGCAGGGUCCAGGCGAACCAGGGUAGGGUGGACAUUCACUCAGGGGCCUCUGAGUAGGUGGUCUUUCUGUAGAAAACUUGGUGGCUAUUUGGCAGUGGUUGACUCCCUCUUUGGAGAAGUGUGGACACCUAGAGUGCGGGCUACCGAGAUGUCCUGGGCAGCACAGCUUAGUCAUUGUGAAAGAAUGUAUGAGGCAUGGGGUGGCCCCUGAAUUCUGCCUGACACAUUUGUUUUCCCCAAAAUAGAAUUGAGUUUGAGAGCUAGAGCCCAGUUACUAGAACUGUCGGGGGCUUGUCCACCUGUGGCAGUCUUGUGGCUUCUCAUAACCCUUUCUCUCACACGCUCUUCUCUGGCCUACAUGUUGCGAUUCUGAUGACUUUUUGCAGCACAGUUAAUUUUCCUGCUCAGCACACUGGCUUCCUUUAUGUCUUAAUGGACAUCCGUCUCCCCUGUUCAUGUCACUGAUUCUCACUCCUAGCCCCCUCCCCACUCCCUUUUUGCUUAUUGAAUAGGGCUUUUUUUUUUUUUUAACUUUACCUUAGAUUAUUAUCAUCUUAACCAUAGCAACAAAUAAAAAUACAUGGGUCUUGAUUGAAUGCCACUGCUGCACUUCAAUCUAGGAAGGUUUGUCUGCUUUUCAUAAACUGCUUAAGAUGUUUCCUUGUAGUUUGUGACAUAAGCAGAACGCUUUGAUUUGAUUUCUUUCUACAGCUCCAUUUUCAGUCCGGGAGCACACAUUACUCUUCGUACAAAACGAUUGAACACCAGAUUGCAAUUCAGUAUUUGCAGAUGAAAUGGCCGCUGCUUGAUGUCCAGGCGGGGACCCUCCAGAGCAGACAAGCCCUCAAGGAUGCCCGCUCUCCGUCGCCGGCACACAUUGUCUCGAACAAAGUGCCCGUGGUGCAGCACCCUCACCAUGUCCACCCUCUCACGCCUCUUAUCACGUACAGCAACGAACACUUCACCCCCGGAAACCCGCCUCCACACUUACCAGCCGACGUAGACCCCAAAACAGGAAUCCCACGGCCUCCGCACCCUCCAGACAUAUCUCCGUAUUACCCGCUCUCGCCCGGCACCGUAGGACAAAUCCCCCAUCCGCUAGGAUGGUUAGUACCACAGCAAGGUCAGCCAGUGUACCCAAUCACAACAGGAGGAUUCCGCCACCCCUACCCCACAGCUCUGACUGUCAACGCUUCCAUGUCCAGGUUCCCUCCCCAUAUGGUCCCACCACAUCACACUCUCCAUACGACCGGCAUCCCCCACCCGGCCAUCGUCACGCCAACAGUCAAACAGGAAUCCUCCCAGAGUGACGUCGGCUCCCUCCACAGCUCAAAGCAUCAGGACUCCAAAAAGGAAGAAGAAAAGAAGAAGCCCCACAUAAAGAAGCCUCUUAAUGCGUUCAUGUUGUAUAUGAAGGAAAUGAGAGCAAAGGUGGUCGCCGAGUGCACGUUGAAAGAGAGCGCGGCCAUCAACCAGAUCCUGGGUCGGAGGUGGCACGCGCUGUCGAGAGAAGAGCAAGCAAAAUACUACGAGCUGGCCCGGAAGGAGCGACAGCUUCACAUGCAGCUGUACCCCGGCUGGUCCGCACGGGAUAACUACGGGAAGAAGAAGAAGAGGAAAAGGGACAAGCAGCCCGGGGAGACCAACGAACACAGCGAAUGUUUCCUAAAUCCUUGCCUUUCACUUCCUCCGAUUACAGACCUGAGCGCUCCUAAGAAAUGCCGAGCGCGCUUUGGCCUUGAUCAACAGAAUAACUGGUGCGGCCCUUGCAGGAGAAAAAAAAAGUGCGUUCGCUACAUACAAGGUGAAGGCAGCUGCCUCAGUCCACCCUCUUCAGAUGGAAGCUUACUAGACUCGCCUCCUCCCUCCCCCGGCCUGCUAGGCUCCCCUCCCCAGGACGCCAAGUCACAGACUGAGCAGACCCAGCCGCUCUCGCUGUCCCUGAAGCCCGACCCCCUGGCCCACCUGGCCCUGAUGCCGCCGCCCGCCCUCCUGCUUGCCGAGGCCGCCCACGGCAAGGCCCCCGCCCUCUGUCCCAACGGGGCCCUGGACCUGCCCCCCGCCCUGCAGCCGCCCGUCCUGCCCCCCUCCUCCGUCGCCCAGCCUUCGACAUCUUCCGUACAUUCCCACGGCGCCCUGGCCGGGCCCCAGCCCCAGCCGCUCUCCCUGGUCACCAAGUCUUUAGAAUAGCUUUAGCUUCCUUGGCCCUGGUUGUUUUGUGUAGUGUUUCAUUUUGCUUUUCUCUAUCUUCUCCCCCCUCUUGGGAAAGGUUUCGUUUUUGUACUCUUUAAUUUUGUGCCACGUGGCUACAUUAGUUAAUGUUUAUCGAGUUCAUUGGUCAAUAUUUGACCCAUUCUUAUUUCAAUUUCUCCUUUUAAAUAUGUAGAUGAGAGAAGAACCUCAUGAUUCUACCAAAAUUUUUAUCAACAGCUGUUUAAAGUCUUUGUAGCGUUUAAAAAAUAUAUAUAUAUACAUAACUGUUAUGUAGUUCGGAUAGCUUAGUUUUAAAAGACUGAUUAAAAAACAAAAAGGGAAAAAAAAAAAAAAAGCAGCCGUUUCGAAGCAGCCCUCCCGAAGGAGUUGGUUCUGUAUUAUUUGUAUUAAAUACGAGCUUGCGAACCAAUCAUUUUACAUCUGGUUUUUAAACCACAAGGGCACCACGAAUGCAGUGCCGCUACUUCUCUUUCUUCCGUGUGAAACGACUUUUAUUGUGAUGUUACUUGUUAUUGUUUAAAUGUACAGAAACAAAGGGUUAAAAUGUGUUAAUAUACCUUGUUCCAUGGUGUUGUUCUUUUGGGGGGAGGGGUUGCUACUCAACAAUGAAUGGAAUCACAGCGCUGUCGGACCAGUAGUAUUUAUUGCUUUAGAGAUUGCUCGUCGAACCUGUAUGUCGUCCCCUUUAAGAUAUGUUUUCCUUUUCUCUUGAAACUGUAUAAAGUCUUUUUCCCCCUUAGCAUCAGCAUCUUAUAUAUAACAACUCAUUUGUACAAGGUUUUUAAGUUUAUAUAUAAAAUGUGUAUAUAUAUUUUUUUGUUUCCAUUUUCGACGACUUUAUUUUUUUUUCCCCUGUAUGAAACCCAGAUUCCGCCAAAUGGACGUGAAUAGUUGCAUUAAAGGAUCAGUAGCAUUAACAGAAGUUGCUUUAAAAGCCAUUAUGUGAAACAAGACUUGAAAAUUAGGGAGGGAAUUUUAGCGACGCUGUAUGAGCGACGGUGGGGACCGUCCCGUUUCCCCUUUGAACUCACAGUCGAAUGCCCUGCACCCCGAGGACGUGGACUGACUGUGCAAAACUUUAUGUGCCAAAAUUCUCAGUGACUCUAGCUUUCUCCCUCUUUUCCGAUGCUGUAAUUUUUGUUCAUCAUGUUUUGCUGUGAUGUUACAUAGGUAGAUUUGUGUGUAGUUUUAAUGUCACCUAUAACAAGAUGUGUUUGGUAGCAGAUUGUCCAGAAAAAGCAUUUUAAAUGAAGAGGUAUAAACCCUUAAGGGCCAAAAUUCUGUAUAUUAGAUUACUCUUAAAAGGAAAAAAAACCCAGCUGCCGCUUUUAUGUACACGUACGACGUACAAGUAGGUAGCAGACUUUAAAAAUAAAAAAAACCUAGGCAUGUUGAUGUUGCAAAAUGCUGUAUAAAGCUGAAACCUGUUCAUUCAGUGCCAUUGUAGUUGACAUGAAGCGAUUGUAAAACUGUCUCCGAUUUUUCUCUGGUUUAUUAAGAUGCUAACGAUAACAUUUUUUUUUUUUU